AUGCCAACAUUAAAAUCGGUUGCUUCCGAUGCAGAUCUGUUCAAUUUGGUUAUGCCGAAAGCAGAUACCGUCGGGUUUAAGAGUAAACAAGGAGGUAUCUCUAAGCAAGCGAUCAAGUGGGCAAAGUUCACUCGGUUGAACAACUUUUAUAUUUGGCUGUUCUUGGCGGUCGUAGGUCUGCUCGCUUCCAUCUCGUUGGUAACGAUCGAUCUAACGUUCAAGUUUGUGGUGUUCAAAGGUCGUAGUGCCUUCAUUGGAAUCACCGAUUUCUACAUUGUACAAUAUCUCAGUUUCAUUCUGUGGACGGUGGUGCUCGCCGUCGGAUCGGCACUGGUUUGCGUGCGACUGUGUCCCGCUGCCAUCGGUUCGGGUGUUCCCGACCUAAAGUCUAUAUUCUCUGGCUUCUGGAAUGCCAAGGUGGUGCAGCCGGCGGUCGGUCUCUUCAAAGUGUUUGGACUGCUACUCUCGUAUGGCUCGGGAAUGUCGAUCGGAAAGGAAGGACCGUACAUUCACAUCUCUGCGAUUCUCGCCAAUGCACUCCUCGGAAUCAAACCAUUCAAGAACAUUGCACCGAACGAAACACAACGUAGUCAAAUGCUUGCCAGUUGUAGCGCACUCGGUGUUGCCGCAACUUUUGGUUCGCCAAUCGGAGGUGUCUUGUUCUCGAUUGAGGUAACCGGUACCUACUAUCUGAUAUCCAACUACUGGCGUGCAUUCUUUGCCAGUACAGUGGGUGCUGUCGGUAUAAAGAUUCUUCUAUCUAAAUCAACCAAUGAUCUUCUUGAAUCAUAUCGUACCGAUUUCUCUAGUUUAGAUUUAGCAACAGUACAACUCUUGGCACUUAUUAUCACUGGUAUACUAUGUGGAUUGCUUGGAUCAUUGUUUAUCUUUAUGUAUCAAAAGAUCUAUUCUUGGAAGAAGCACAAUAAGGAUCUAAUGAAUAAGAUUACACCGUAUGGUGAAGUUAUAUUUGUUGCUCUUGUAACAGGUAUAUUGGAUCACGCUAGUGCAGUUAAAACAAUGUUUACAGCUCAUGACCAAGUCAAUGCAGAGGAUUUGAAGAUUUGGACAGAAAGUUUACCGUUUUCAAAUAGUAUUAUCUUUGCUUGUUUCCUCUAUAUCGUUGUAAAGUUGGUGUUGACCGCUGUCUCUAUCACUCUUCCCAUUCCCUACGGUAUCUAUAUUCCAUUGUUUGCGAUUGGCGCUGCCGUCGGUAGAUUCGUUGGUGAGAUUAUGAAGCUUAUCUUCCCAAACAUGAAGGAUCUCUAUCCGACUGGUUAUGCGGUGGUCGGCGCUGCAGCACUUUGCGGUGGCGCAACGCGUACCGUUUCGAGUGCGGUCAUCAUCUUGGAGUUGACAAACGAUCUUACUUAUAUGGUUCCUGUACUGAUUGGUGUCGUGCUGGCAUGCGGUAUCGGUAAUCUGUUGAAUCAUUCGAUCUACGAUUGUUUCUUGCGAAACAAACAACUUCCGUAUCUGCCAUUCAUUCGUGUCAAAUCCGAUUCCACUACGGCAAUCGAUAUCAUCAACAAAGCCGGAAGAACACUUCACUUUAUAACUCAUAAAACAACUUUGGCACAGAUAUCGUCGGUUUUGGACAACUCUAUGGAUGCCAGCAUACCGGUGGUGGAAGGUCAAGACAAUAUGCAUCUGAUUGGAACCAUUUCGAGAACCACUCUCGAGGAGGUUGUUUCAUACCACGAGAGAUUGCACUCCUACUCAAUGAACAAGUCACCACUCAACAACGCCAGUGGUGAUACCAUAUUGACUAUCAACCACCACCAUGCUAGCGAUGACGAUAGAGAUGGCGAUAGAGAUGGCGAAGCCGACGAAGAUUACUCCUCAGAAAAGAGUUUGUUGAACGACAAUGAAAUGAAGGUAUUCUCAUCGUCGUCAUAUCCAUCAACGACCACCGACAACUAUCCAAUCAGCAAUAACGACGAUGAUUCAAAUAGAAUCAGCUAUGUUAGCAGUAGUAAUAAUAGCAACGAUGACAACAACAAUAAUAUUAUCCACAGUGAAUCGAGUGAGCAACUCCAACAACAAAACGACAGCAACUACAUUGAUUUGGUUCAGAUGGAACUUCAAAAUCCAUGGGUUGUAAUCGACAGCUCACCAUUCUCCGUGGUAGAAUCGACACCAGUAAGAAAAAUAGUUUUUAUGUUUAUGAUGUUGGGUGGAAAUGUACUUUAUGUAUUGAAGAAAGGUAAACUUGUCGGUGUUAUCUCGAAAUCAGACAUUGCCGACAUUGGAGCUCAUAAUAAAUAA